AUGAGAAAAGUUACAUCACGUUGGGUUGCUCACAAACUCAGUGAUGAACAAAAGCAACAACGACUUAGAGUUUGUCGUCAAAAUCUAGCAAAAAUUCAGACUGGGAAAUGGAGAUUAUCUGAUGUCAUUACUGGUGAUGAGACAUGGAUUUAUCAUAGACAGAUUGGUCGAAAGUCAAGUAAUGCUACAUGGAUUAGCGAAAAUGAACCACCAAGGGCCAUUGUUCGUCGAAAUAGAUCUGAGCUCAAAAUAUUGUUUUCUUUAUUCUUUAAAUCAAAUGGUCCUGUUCUUAUACACAAAGUUGAUAAAGGCAAGACUAUCGAUCAUAACUAUUACAUUGAAAAUUGUCUCAAACCUGUUAUUAAUGAAAUACGAAAACAAGAAAAAUCAUCACGCACAAAAUGCAUCAAAUCGCUUCACGAUAAUGGUCGUCCUCAUAUUCAUCGGGAUGUUAUUGACUAUUUAACAGAAGAAGGUAUUGAAAUAAUACGACAUCCACUAUACUCACCUGAUCUUGCACCCUGUGACUUUUGGCUCAAUGAUUACAUCAAGAUUAACUUGGCUGACCUGGUCAGCCAAGUUAAUCUUGAUGUAAUCAGCCUGACCAAGAAAACGAAGAAUCGCUAG